AAACGGUCCUAUGUUCCUGCUUCACUCCGCUCUGAACUAGCUGAAUAUACCCAUCUACUCCGCUCGCUCAAAGUUGACAACAUCCAGGAUCUUGCCAGGCAUGUGCCCUUGCCCAGAUGGGAGGAGUGGAGGCCUUCUGCUUCUGAGGCUGAGGAUGCUGAGGCAAAAGAUGAGCAAAGGACGGGGACACCCAAGCCUGGAGAUGUACGCUGGCCGUUGAUGAUCGAAGAUGUUUACGUACCGGAGUGGACGCUGGCGGACGAAGUGGCCGUCAUUGCACGACAA